AUGCCAAUUUUGGACAGAAAGCCGGACACAGAUGUGGAGGGGGCAGCAGAAAGAGAAGCCGAGUAUCAACAGCUUAAAGUAGCUCUUCAUGUGGCUCAAGUGGACCGUUCGCGUUAUGUAGAAGAAAUGCAUACAGCAAUGGUUAAAAUGAAACAAACAAUAGAAUGUUUGGAACAGGAAGGAGAGCAACUUUUGGAAAAACUCCGUGCAAUAGACAGCAAACCCAAUCAGAUUCGAGACCAGCGAAUGUGUGAGGACUUAGUGAAUUUGGCCGAAAACAAAGACUGGUUACAAGAACAAAUUGAGGCAGAAAAGGCAAAGCACAUGGAUCUGGAUGCAAAGAUUCGUAGUAUGGAGAAAAAAGUGAACGAAAUGAAGGUCAAACUUGGGGGCACGAUGGGUUCAGAUGACUCCGUUCGUCGUGUGCGAACCAAGCUGACCACGUUGGAGAACCGUCUGGUGCACUUGCUCAAGUCAUACAAUGAGGAGGUUGGGAAAAACAUGCAGUUAAGAAGUGAAAUUGACACACUGCGGAUGCAGAGGUCCAAAUUUGAUCAACUUUACCGAAAGUUGGAGCAAACCUUGUCCAAACAGAGAACGGUUAUUGGCCAAAUUAUUGAAGCAACAUCACAAGCUUACGAGCAACGUGAGGAUGCAGCCCAAAGAAUACAACAGCUAACGGAAAAGGCGGAAAAAGAUACACAACAACAUAACAAUGAAAUGAAAGAACUAGUUCGCUUGAUUGACCACGAUCGAAAACUAAAACAUUUCAUGAAAAUCAAGGCGACCGAGAGGCAAGAAGAUCCACAACUCACUGCAUGGAAGGCCAAACGCAUUCAAGAAGCUGAUGAACGCCGUGCCGAAGUCGACAGAUUAAUAGAUAAUUACGAGCAAGCUUUUGAUCGGAUGCUGGAAGUCAUGGAAGAAGCUAAUCCUGAGAACCUAGUUCAAGGCUUCCUAGAGAAAGAGGAUAGAAAUUUCGCGCUGUUCAACUAUGUGAAUGAAACAAACGCUGAAAUCGAAAGAUUAAACGAGGAGAACGAAAAUCUGGCCGCAGAAAUAGAUAAUUAUGAAGAGAAAAUGACGAAAGUAGUUGACGUGCAAAAGGAUGCAAUGAGUGAAUGGAAGUUGUUGAAUGAGACGGCUAGGGAACAACAGGAGAAUACCGAAGCACGGCUUUCGGCCGCCAACGAAACCAUUAAGACUGUGUGUGAUAUCGUUUCAGAAAUAAUCCAAAAACUGAAAUGUGACACCUUCUUUUUUCUGACAAGUACGAUGUUGACGCGCCGCUUGGCGUCAUCAGAAGGAAUCACCCAAAGCAACCUACUGGACUACCUGACACUGGUCGAACAACGAGUCAACCAGUUGCUUUUAAUUCGGCAGUUCAUUGCGGUCAAUGAUCCAGAAGCUCCGUUUGUCGCAAAAUCAAUUCUGAUUGGUAACAACCUUAACGCACCCCCGACUGACAACAUUCCGUCAAUUCACCCGCCCAGUCUCCGAGACGAUUUUGAUGAAGCCUCAGAGAUAUCAGUUCUCAAGCCGUACUCGCGGGAAGAACUCCAUCGGCGUGUUGUAACAACAGUCCGAAGAAAAGAGAAUGAAGCCAGAUCUACCCAAUCUAUGAGUAUCUCGCUUUCAAAGGGUCCCAAGAUCUAGACUGCAGGAUACCGUGGAACAUGCCUGGGUUUUCAAAGCACUACACGUCCCUAACAUUGACGAUACCGUAUGUUUUCUAGGGCGUGGCGAAAAACCGACAAUCUGAUUUGGUGGGGACAAAGUUUAUCUGGUAUCAAUUGCAACAAAGGAUCUCUAGUUUCCGUUGCAUCCAUCCAAUACAGCCUAAAAUUACGAUUAUUUAAAACAGUCUGACCACUCUUAGUGCGUCUUUCUAUUCAACGCAUACAUCUUGA